UGCGGCAAUGGAAGCCGUCUAGGGCAAAGUCCUCGCAUUUCUCACCCUAAUCCCGCCAAUCCGAGAAGCAAAUCGAGAUUCCCAAAAACCCUAGCAAUCACCUUCAUGCCUCUCAAUCGAUCUCAUUAGUUGCAUCCCAGAACCUCGAAAAGCUUCAAGUUUUUUCAAGCUCUUCUUUUUCCGGUUUGAUCGAAGAUGACUGAGCCAUCGAACGUGAUUCACAUUCGGAACGUAGGGCAUGAGAUAACUGAGAAUGAUCUGCUUCAAUUAUUGCAGCCAUUCGGUGUGGUCACAAAGAUUGUAAUGUUGCGGGAGAAAAAUCAGGCUCUUCUCCAGAUGUAUGAUGUGUCUUCUGCUGUUACUACCCUGCAGUACUAUGGAAAUAUGCAGCCAAAUAUAAGGGGAAGGAAUGUUUACAUGCAAUUCUCUUCACACCAAGAACUAACAACAGCAGAGCAAAGCUCACAAGGACGAAAAGUAGACCAGGCUGAAGAUGAUCCGGAACGAAAGUUGAAAAAGGAGUUAAAGGCAAAACUGAAGGAAGAAAAAAAACUGAAGGCUGCACAGAAAGCAGAAGCCGCCAAACUCCAAACACAGAAGACAACCGAUGGACUUAAAAGAAGCGGGAGGAAACAAACAAAGAAAGAUGCUGAUGAAGAGAAUUCUGAGGUGUUCCUAGAUCCAGAGACUGUCAUAGGAGAAAAGAAACGGCUUUCACCUCAAAUGGCUAAGCAAUAUAAUCCUAGUGUGGUUGAAAAAUCAUGGUAUGCUUGGUGGGAGAAGUGCGGCUUUUUUGUGGCAGAUGCAAGCAGCUCUAAACCUCCUUUUGUGAUUGUUCUACCACCUCCAAAUGUGACUGGGGCCCUUCACAUAGGCCAUGCCCUUACUGCUGCUAUACAGGAUACAAUUAUUCGGUGGCGCAGAAUGUCUGGUUAUAAUGCAUUGUGGGUGCCAGGAAUGGACCAUGCUGGUAUAGCAACCCAGGUGGUUGUGGAGAAGAAGCUAAUGCGUGAAUGCAAUCUAACAAGGCAUGAUAUUGGGCGUGAGAGAUUUGUAUCCAUGGUUUGGGAAUGGAAGAAUCAGUAUGGUGGCACAAUAUUGAACCAGGAACGCAGGCUUGGUGCGUCACUUGAUUGGUCUCGUGAGUGUUUUACUAUGGAUGAUCAAAGGUCAAAGGCAGUGACAGAGGCUUUUGUGAGACUGUAUAGAGAAGGCCUAAUCUAUAGGGAUAAUCGUCUUGUGAAUUGGGACUGCACAUUACGAACAGCAAUAUCUGACAUUGAAGUUGAUGUUAAAGAAAUCAAAGAGGAGACUUUGUUAAAGGUUCCUGGGUAUCAGUCCCCAGUUCAGUUUGGUGUAUUAUUGUCAUUUGCUUAUCCUCUUGAGGAAGGUUUGGGAGAGGUGGUUGUUGCAACUACCAGAAUUGAGACAAUGCUUGGCGACACUGCAAUUGCUAUCCAUUCUGAAGACAAACGAUAUAAUCAUUUACAUGGAAAAUUUGCCAUCCAUCCUUUUAAUGGGAGGAGACUUCCCAUAGUUUGUGAUGAUAUCCUUGUAGAUCCUAAUUUUGGUACCGGGGCUGUGAAAAUCACCCCUGCUCAUGAUCAUAAUGAUUAUGAAGUUGGAAGGCGCCAUAAUCUUGAAAUCAUCAAUAUAUUCACAGAUGAUGGAAAGAUAAAUUCUAAUGGCGGCACACAAUUUGAAGGGAUGCCACGCUUUAAAGCUCGUGUGGCCGUGACUGAGGCUUUGCAGGAGAAGGGACUUUAUAGAGGUGUUCAAAAGAAUGAAAUGAAACUGGGUAUAUGUUCAAGAAGCGACGAUGUUGUGGAACCAAUGAUAAAGCCACAAUGGUAUGUCAACUGUAGUAGCAUGGCAAAGCUUGCGCUUGAUGCUGUGAUGGACAAUGAUAACAAAAAGAUUGAAAUAAUUCCAGAGCAUUAUGAACUUGAGUGGAAGAGAUGGCUGGAGAAUAUUCGUGAUUGGUGCAUAUCAAGGCAGCUUUGGUGGGGACACCGGAUACCUGCUUGGUAUGCUGUUCUGGAAGAUGACCCAUUUAAAGCUGUUGGAUCUUAUGAUGACCACUGGGUGGUGGGAAGAAAUGAAGAGGAAGCAGUUUCUGAAGUUAAGCGGAAGUUCCCAGGAAAGGACUUUCAGAUUACUCAAGACCCUGAUGUAUUGGAUACAUGGUUUUCGUCUGGACUCUUUCCAUUAUCGGUGCUUGGUUGGCCUGAUGAUACAAAAGAUCUUCAGGUUUUCUAUCCAACUUCAGUUCUUGAAACUGGGCAUGACAUCCUAUUCUUCUGGGUUGCUAGAAUGGUGAUGCUUGGAAUGAAACUUGGUGGCGAUGUUCCUUUCAGGAAGGUUUACUUGCAUCCAAUGAUUCGUGAUGCUCAUGGCCGUAAGAUGUCCAAGUCCCUUGGCAAUGUUAUUGAUCCACUUGAAGUAAUAAAUGGUGUUUCUUUAGAAGGACUUCACAAACGACUUGAGGAGGGUAAUUUGGACCGGAAGGAAUUGGCUAUUGCAAAAGAAGGACAGGUGAAAGACUUCCCAAAUGGUAUCCCAGAAUGUGGUGCUGAUGCCCUCCGAUUUGCUUUAGUUACUUAUACAGCUCAGGCUGAUAGGAUAAACCUGGAUGUUCAAAGAGUCAUUGGGUAUCGUCAGUGGUGUAACAAGUUAUGGAAUGCCCUGCGUUUUGCUAUGAGUAAGCUGGGAGAUCAUUACGUUCCACCUCAGACACUUGUGUUGGCUUCUAUGCCUUCCAUUUGCAACUGGAUUCUUUCUGUCCUCAACAAAGCUGUUGAGAAAACUGUCACAUCUUUUGAAGCAUAUAAAUUCUCAGAUGCAGCAAGUGCAGUGUAUUCGUGGUUUCAGUUCCAGUUUUGUGAUAUAUUCAUUGAAGCUAUUAAGCCUUACUUUUUCGAGAAUUCAGACUAUGAAUCUGCAAGGGUAGCGGCUCAGGAUACCCUGUGGGUAUGCCUGGACACUGGCCUGCGUUUGCUUCAUCCCUUGAUGCCAUUUGUCACUGAAGAGCUUUGGCAGCGUCUUCCCCAGCCAGCAGGAUGUGGUGCAAAGAAAGAAUCGAUUAUGAUAUCUGAUUAUCCUUCUGUUGUGGAGGCAUGGACAUAUGAACAAGUUGAGAGUGACAUGGAAAAUGUGGUAAAUGCCGUGAGAACACUUAGAUCAUUGCGUCCACCCAGUGAUAGAAAUGAAAGACGUCAAGCUUUUGCGGUUUGCCGAGGAGAAGAUAUUGCAGCUGUCAUAAGAAGCUAUAACUUUGAGAUAUUGACUCUUGCUUCCUUGUCUUCUUUAAUGGUUGUUGCAGAGGGUGACAGUAAGUUGACUGGGUGUGGAUGUGGAGUUGUGAAUGAAAAACUUUCUGUAUAUUUGCAACUUCACGGAUCACUUAAUGUGGAUGUCGAACUUACAAAACUCGCAAGAAAACGUGACGAAAUACAAAAAUUGGCCAAUACAUUGUCACAGAUGAUGAAUUCUACAGGCUACAAGGAAAAAGCUCCUGCCAAUAUCCAAGAAGAUGACAUCAAGAAGCUAAAUUCUUAUAUGGAGGAGCUAAAGAUCAUCGGCGAAGCUGAAAAAGACCUUGAACACAUGAUUGAUGGACAAAAGUGAUCAAACUGAUUGAAACUUGUUACACUGGUGUUCCCUUGAUAUUUUUCUGCUCCCUGACAGUGGGAGGAGAUACCUGAAAUGUCAGCUGGCCGUUGCUCUCUCAGCAUAUAUAAUUGUUUCUUGGAUUUUUGAUUAUUCUAUUAUAUUAUUUAUAACACUAUCAUUAUCAGAACCCUUAUUUAUUCUCAAGUGUCUCAUUGUGUUGAAUUUAAUUUCCCAGAGGACCAUUUAGCAGUUCUCUUCCUUUGUUUUCA